GCUGGAGAGCGGGGGCAUGGCGGCGCGGAGCCAGGCCUCCCUGCGGCGCCGGCUGCAGAGCUCGCAGGAGGCGCAGCACCGGCAAGCGGUGCUGGUGCGGAAGCUGCAGGCGAAGGUCCUGCAGUACCGGACUUGGUGUCGAGAGUUGGAGCAGCAGCUGGAAGCAGGAGGGGGAUCCCUUCCAGGCAGGCGGGAAGCCACAGAAGACCACAGCCUGAAGAAAGCACUGCUUCAGUUGGAAGAGGAGCAGCAAAGGUGCGAGAAUCUGGCAGAAGUGAACACUCUCCUGCGGGAGCAGCUCGGUAAAGCGAAUGAGGUUAAUUCAGCCCUCAAAGAAGAUGUUGGAAAACUGACGGCAGAUUGGAUGAGGGCCCGGGAGGAGCUGGACUUGACGGAGAGUGAAUGGCGCGGUGAACGUGAGCUUUAUGACAGCUGCUUAAGGGGUGAACACAGCCGUCUGCUCAGCCUGUGGCGUCAGGUGGUAACCUUCCGCCGUCAUUUCCUGGAAAUGAAGACCGCCACUGACCGAGAUUUGUCAGAGCUGAAGGCAGAGCAACUGAGGCUUUCUGGAUCUAUACUUGUAAGCUGCUCCCGCCUGAACUCUGGCGUACGGCUCUGGGAGUCCGUCAGUCUGGGUAGACCUGUCCUGAAGGAUGAGGCACAGCAGGAAGCGGAAGAGGAAAUAAGCCAGAAGACUUGGGAAGCGAUGCACUUACAAGUCAAGGGGGACCUGGAGAAGAAGGAGCUUCAGGAGAGGCUGAAGGACUUAGCUGCACUUGAAGGAAAACAUGCGUUAUUACAGAGUGAGUUGGUAGACGCAAGAGAGAGACUGGAGGAAUCGCACCUUCAGAGGGAUCUGCUGAAGCAAGAGAAACAUCAGCUUACCAUGGCACUGGAAAAGGCAGAGCAGGCAGUAGCAGAGUUGACAGGGGCUCAGAAUAAGCUGAGUGCUGAAGCAGCUGAUCUACGUGUUGCAACAGCGAAGAUGAGCAGUAUGAAUGAAGCCCUUGCACUGGAUAAAGUGCAACUGAGCAAACUUGUGCUGCAGCUGGAGCAAGAGAAUGAAGCUCUGUCAGGCAAAGUGGGCGAGAUGGAGAGAGCAAAGAUCUCUGAGCAGGAGAAGCUGACCGUGUGUGAACGAACAAAUGAAGAGCUCAGCGCAGAGAAAGCCCACCUGGAGCAGCUGCUGAAGAAGGCAGAGGAGCACCAGGAGGGGCUGCAGGUAGAGCUGAGGAGACUGGCAGAGGAGAAGGCAGAAACCCAAGAGCAGCUCAGUCAGGUUUACCGCCAGCAAGAGUCGGCUAGCAGUGGUCUGGAGCAGCUGCGCCAGGAGUCCUCUCGCCAAGGGCAUGCGCUGGCCAAGGUGUGCAAGGAGAAGGAAUUGCUGGUGCACGAGAAGGCUGCCCUAGAGGUGCGACUGGCAGCCGUGGAGCGGGACAGACAAGGCCUUUCAGAGCAGCUGGCAGAGGCCAGGUCGGCGAAGGAGACCCUGGAAUCCCGCCUGUUUGAGGCUCAGCAGCGCUUAUCUCAGCUGGAGAUCGCCAGGAGUCAGCUUGAAGUCCAACUUCACACCGUCACGCAGGCCAAGGAGGUGAUCCAAGGGGAAGUGAAGUGCCUUCAGUGUGAGCUGGAAGCGGAGAGGACUCUGAUGAGGCAGGAACGGGAAAACAUGGCAGAACGGCUCUUGCAGACAGAACGGCAGUGUGACAACACCCUCAGACUCCGGCAAGCUGAUCACGAAGUGGAAAUAAGCAAGCUCCUGCAAGACCUGGCAAGCGAGCGGGAAGGGCACCAUUCAGAGGUCCAGGAGAUGCUGGAGCAAUGGGAAAAGGAGAAGGCAGAGACAGAAAGGGAGCACGAGAAGAAGCUGUUUGAUGUGAAGCAGGAAGUUGCUACCGUGCAGGCUCAACAAGAAGAGGAACGAACCAGAGUCGAAAAUGCCAAGCAAGAGGUCCUGCUAGAAAAGGAGCGUGAGAAGGAUGCUUUAUUAGAGACGCUGCUCCAAACUCAGGGAGAGCUGAGAGAAGCCUGCCAGCAGCUCCAGCAGCUGAGGCAGGAGGUGGAAGAGCAGCGAGAGAACGGGCAGAACAUCACGGCAGAGCUGCAAGCAGAGCUGCAGGAAACUCAGAGCAAGAUCGAGGCAGUGGAGAAGAGGCACAAGGGAGAAAUCCAAACCGUCAAAGAGGAAAUGAAUAUCCUCCUUCAGCAGCGGGAUGCUCUACAAAACCAGGUGGAAGAGUUGACAUCUCAGCUAGCAGCCUCUGAAGAGCCUCUAAAGAAGGAGGCUGUGACUCUACAUCAAGAGGUGGCGUCUUUGGAAAGGAGACUCGAGAGCACUGAGAAGCAAAGAAAGGAUGUCCUGCAGGAACGGGACAGACUGCAAGCACUUAAAGAAGAACUGGUAUGGGAGAUAAAACUUCUUCAGGAGUCGGUCACAGCCUCUGAGACCCGAGCGACUACAGCAACAGAUAGGCAUCACUCCCUUGAACAAGAACUCCACACCACAGUGUCUCUCCUAAAAAUUAAAAAUGAGGAACUGGAAAUGCAGCGGGAGAAAAUCCAGGUGCUCCAGAAAGAGGCAGCACAGGGAAAAGCUUUGCAGGAGAAUCUCACUCAUGUGACUGCCAUCCUGUCAGAGAGGGAGGGAGAAAUGAAGGUGUACCAGGAACAGAUGAGACUGCUGGAAAAGCAGAAAGAAAUGCACAAAACUGCUCUGGAUCAGGUUAUUAAGGACGUAAGAGAGAAAAACCAGAAGAUUGAAUCCCAGCAAGAACAGAUACGGGAGCUGGAGAAGCAGCAAGAAGAACAAAGGAUUGCUGUCAGCAAAAUGAGCAAAGACCUGGAAGAGAGAGACCAGGAGAUCAGAUCCCUGAAGACCUUGCAGAAUCUCCACCUCAGGCUAACCAAGAAGAAUGAAGAGGUUAGACAUCACAGAGAGCAAGAGAAGCUCCUAGAAGCAGCCUUGCACAAGAGGGAACAAGAGACCAAGGCUCAAGUUGAGCAAGAAGAGUUAGACGAGGAAAGAAGAGCUCUUCAGGAAGACCUCCGGCACGUUCAGCAGACGCUGACAAAGAAGGAUGAAGAGAUCAAGUACCAGAGAGACAGAGUCGGGUGUUUAGAGAAGACUCUGGCAGGGAGAGAACAAGAGCUUAGGAGGCAGAGUGAACUCCUGAAACAAAUAACAUCGGCUUUGCGAUGGAAGGAUGGAGGGGAGACCCUACAGAAACAAAUCCAGAAACUCCGAAAAUGGGAGGAAGAGGAAGCAGAGAAGAGGAGAGUUCUCCAGGAGAGAGACCGUCUCUUGCAAAGGCAGAAGGAGCUAACCCAACAACUGGAAGAUGAGCGGAAGGCAAAGGGGGAAGAAUUGGAGCGUGCGAUUGCUAUUUUGAAGCAGACUGAAAGCGGGGAAAUGGAAUGGAAAGAGAAGGCACAAGCACUGACUCUCGCCCUUACCAAGAGUGAAAUGGCCAAUGGCACGUUGAGGGAAGAAGUAGCCGUCCUGCAGAGUAUGGUUUCAGAGAGGGACACGGACCGGUUUCAUCAUCAGCAGGCUACUGCAGAAGGGGAGCAGCUCUCGUGGCUCUCGGAGAAGAGACUCCUGUCGCAGCGGCUGGAACAUCUGCAGCGAGCAGUUGCAAGGCUGGAAGUUGAGAAGACUGAGCUGAAGCAACUCAAUGCUGAGCUCAGGAGGACUCUUGAGCAGGUGGAACGUGAACGGAGGAGACUGAAGAGAUACUGUAGUGGUCGGUCGCUGCCAGAUGCGUGCGGAUUUUCUCUCUCCGACCAGCACAAGGUGCCUGCUUCUCGACAGGAGGAGUCUCACACGCGCUGCAGUCGUCGAUUAGCUGAGUUGCAGAACCAGGUGUCCCUUCUGCAGACGCAGCUGGCGCAAGAACGCAAAUGCAAGCAGGACUACAUUGAGUGCUGUGCAAAGACCAGCCAGGAGCUGUCAGACCUUCACCGAGAGCUGUCUUGCUCCUUAGCAGCUGUGGUCAGGGAGCCCGAAGCUGCUGUUCUGGAGGCAGAGACUCGGAAGCUGGCUCAGCCUCUCUGAGCCUUCUUUUCCUGUAGAGGAGCAGCUGCAGCAUCACGGGGUUCCUGUCUCGUGCCCUUCCCAGGAAUGCAUUACGUUUUGCUGUGGGAAACGGGCUGCGUUUGUUCUCUUUGCCUUUGCAAGCAUCUCCUAGUGACGGUGGUUUUUAAAGUUUUUUUGAAUAAAAGGAAUUGUGCAGGACC